UUUGAGUCCCUCAAGUUGUGAGACAGAAAGGUGUCUCAACGCAUUUUGUGUGAUUGACAAAAUAAAUUUUUUCCAUAUAUUAAUGUUUGCAUAACGUGUAUAAACAGUGUGAAAAAUCCUAAACUGAAAUUCCUGCCAAACUCUCUUUACAGAUAUGCCUGAUUGGUCGGAGCUUCAACAUGAUCCACUGGUUCUAAUAGUAAGGCGCUUAAAUUUGAUUGAAGACUACCUUAAUUUCGGCACUGUAUGCAAAUCGUGGCGCUCUGUGGCGACCAAGGGCAACUUUAACAGUAACUUGCCUAGGAUACCAUGGUUGAUGCUAGCCGAGGAAGAGGAGGAUAACACUUGUAGGAGUUUCUUCAGUCUCUAUAAUGGCAUGAUUUUGAAGAAACGGAUUCCUAAAGCGAGUGGAAAACGAUGUAUGGAGUCUAUGGGAUGGCUUAUCACAGUUGGAAAAGAUGAGGGUGAAAUCAGUCUGUUACAUCCCUUCUCCGGUGUUCAAAUCCAAUUGCCCCAUCAAAAUACCACUGAACAUUAUGAAUUUAACCAGACUCCGGUUCCAUGGACCUUUGUAGAAAAAGCAGUUCUGUCAGGCAAUCCUUGUCAUACAUCUGAUUAUGUUCUCAUGGUCAUUGAGGGACACUACCAGUUCCUCAGUUUCUGGAGACCAGGAGAUUUGUUAUGGACCAGGAUUAGGAAACCAAUCAAUUUCCGACAUAUUAGUGAUGUGGUAUACUUCAGUGGUCACUUUUAUGUGGUGGAUUAUAGCGGCUGCGUCCAAGUUUGUGAUGUCUCUGGCUCUGAACCCUCUAAAAGUUAUAUCAUAGCGCAGGUAGCACCAUGGCUUGAUGGUAAGUAUUACAUCCUAGAAUCACUAGGAUCAUUAUUUGUAGUUUCGCAAGAUGGUGUUAAUAUAAGGUAUGUCAAAGAUGAUCGCGAAAGGUUCUCCCCAUGUGAAGAUGAUGAGAAGAAGACAUCGUAUACGUACGGGACAAGAAAUUUUCUAGUUUUCCAGAUCGAUUUAGAUGCUUGUAAAGCUACGCCAACCAGGGAUUUAGGGGACAGAGCUUUUUUCUUGGGUGCUAAUGCUUCUCUUUCAGUCCAAGCUUCUCAAUUUCCGGGAAUCAAGCCCAAUCAUAUUUAUUUUACAGACAAUUGUUUAGAUGCAUACAUCCAUUUUGAAGAAGGAGGCGGCUUGAACAUGGGGGUGUUUAACAUAGCAGAUGGAAGCAUCCAGCCGCAUUAUGAGGGUGUUUCCCUCAGUCGUGUUUGUCCUCCAAUUUGGGUCACACCAACUUUCUGUUAAGAGUAAGAAAAUUCCAGCUAAACAAAAAAACUAAGCAUUUAGCCUUCAGUGAAUGUUUUUUUUUGAUGAAGUAAGAAGUUUCCAUUAAGAAAGGCAAGUGGAAGGUGCCAUUUACAAAAGCAAAAGCUUGGGAGCUUUUGGAGCAAAAACAAAAGCUAGUAAGCUUUUGGAGAGGAAACUAAGUUAGACUAUGCAAGAACCAUGGAGCUAACAAAGUCCAGGUAAUUGUCAAUGCUAUUAACAGGGGAGUGAAAGCUCCAACUGAACAAAACUACUAAACAUCUAGCUUUUAGAGUAUGAAGAGGAGUUGAAAUCCCAUCAAAACACCUGUGGUUUCUCUCAUUCCAAGUAACCCAAAAAAUGACGGCAGGAACCAUCUUCCAGACCUUUUUGAUGGCUUUGUCAACUCUCCACUGAUUCCAACUGGUAUAUGCUUCCUUUAUGGACUGCGGCAUGGUCCAUACUAACCCAAAAAUAGCAAAAAACAAGCUCCAGAUCUCAGCAGUGACUGGACAAUGUAGCAGCAGGUGGUUGACAGUCUCCAAGCUUUUGUGGCAAAAAUAGCAUCUACUAACUAGAGUUAUUUUCCUUCUGCUGAGGUUAUCCUGUGUAAGAAUAGCUUCCCUGAGGGCACACCAUGUGAAGCAUGAGACUUUGAGAGGCAUCUUUGUCUUCCAAACAUGUUUCCAUGGCCAUUCCUCUAACAGACCGUUCUGAGAGCACAAAAGAUUAUAGCUUUCUUUGACGGUGAAUCUCCUUUGUUUAGAAACUCCCCAUAAAAUCCUGUCAGGUGUUUGAUCAUCCAUAGUAAAUUCCCCAAGUGAUGCUAGAAGAGCAAUCGCGUCGUUUAUCUCCCAGUCAUUGAGAAUCCUUCUAAGUGUAGGCCUCCAGUUAUUAUUCUCUCUGUACUCUGCAAUAGUAGCCUUCCGAUUGAUAGCAAUUCGGUACAAACCUGGAUAGCAAUCCUUUAAAGCUGCAUUUCCAAUCCACCUGUCCUCCCAGAACUUCACAUGAAGCCCAUUACCAACUUUGUAGGAUAUAAUCUGGAAGAGAACCUGAUGGAAGCUGUUGAUGUGUUUCCAUGGCCCAACACCGUGUGGACAUGUGCUCUUCUUUGGACUCCAAUGAUUUAGGGCUCCAUAUUUGGCAAUGAUGAUCUUUUUCCAGUAACCCGCUUCAGGUUGUCCAUAUCUCCACAACCAUUUCAUCAAUAGACUCUGGUUAUGCAGCAUGAGGUUCCUGAUUCCUAGACCUCCAGCA